UCCCCCCGGCGCGCACGCACACACUCACGGAGUCCCUGAGUCCGUGCGGUGCUCCUCAUUGUAGUGUGACCGUGCUCAUCAAUUAGGCGAGAGUUAAGCCUUUUUACACACACUAAUUGCCUUUGAACGCUUCGGAGAGGAUUGAAAGCUGCGGGCAGAGGCUCGGAGAAGUUUUGAGUUCGGGAAAGCGGAGAGAAAGGAAGCACAGUCAUGCCCUCAGUGAUGGAGCGCUCGGGGGCCGGGGUCCUGUCCAGGAGCAGAGCCAAAACUGUAACCAAUGGGAACAGCCAGCCACACUCCGAGGAAGAGAGCAGCGAUGAAGAGCACGCUCACGACAGCAUGAUCAGAGUGGGAGGAGACUACCAGGCUCAGAUCCCAGAGUUCAAACCAGACAGUCCAGCCCGCUACAGUGAGAAGGACCACAGGAGCAUGUUGGUCUGGUGUCCCAACACUCAGCUCUCUGAUGCAAUGUUGGACGAGUAUAUCCUCAUGGCUAAAGAGAAACAUGGAUACAACAUGGAGCAGGCUCUGGGCAUGUUAUUAUGGCACAAACACGACGUCGAGCGCUCACUGGCCGACCUGGCCAACUUCACCCCUUUCCCAGAUGAGUGGACGGUCGAGGAUAAAGUGCUCUUCGAGCAGGCCUUCAGCUUCCAUGGCAAGAGCUUCCACCGCAUCCAGCAGAUGCUUCCAGAUAAGCUGAUCUCCAGCCUGGUAAAAUACUACUACAGCUGGAAGAAGACCAGGACCAGGACCUCUGUCAUGGACCGACAGGCCAGGCGGCUGAUCAACAAGAGAGAGAAAGAUGACAGUAAUGAUGAGAUUGAGGAAGGAGACCCGGGUAGUGACAGUGAUUUUGAGAUUGAUGCCAAAAAAGAGGCGGCGAAACAGAACUCAAGCAGCACCAGCUCUGACAAAGCCACCCCCAGCCGCUCUGGUCCAGUGAAGAAGGAGAACAUUGGCGCUCAGUACAGACACCACCCACUCAGAGCCCGUCGCAGGCCACCCAAAGGCAUGCACCUGGAGCAGGCAGACAUCAUGUCUCUGUCAGCCUCCCAUGAUGCUGGAGUUCUAACCAUUCGCCAGCUGGACACACAGCUGGUUUCACUCAAGAGACAGGUUCAGUCUAUCAAACAGAACAACAGCAGUUUGAAGCAGAGCCUAGCUGAAGGUGUUGAUACCUUGAGACCUAUAGAGCCUGCCCCCAAGAUGAACUCUCGUUGGACCACAGAGGAGCAGCUCCUGGCUGUGCAGGCUAUCCGUCGUUAUGGUAAAGACUUCACCGCCAUCGCUGAAGUGAUUGGGACCAAGACACCAGCUCAGGUGAGCUCAUUCUUUGUGAGCUACCGGCGUCGCUUCAACCUGGACGAGGUGCUGAGAGAGUGGGCAGCAGAGCAGGUGGCCACCAGCCGAGACCAGAGAGACCUGAGGAGGAGUGGCGAGGAGAUGGCAGCAGUUACAGAUGGAGGCGCAUUAGAGGAGGAGGUCAAAAUGGAGGACUCCCUCUCAGAUGCUGCAGGCAGUUCCUCUCCCCCCUCCUCCACUCACGCUCCAUCCUCCCUCUCCCAGCCUCCCCCACUGCUGCGUCCAGCUCCUCCUUCAGCACCCCCAAGCCUCCUCCGUCAGCCACCUCCUCUUCAGACGCGCCCGCUCCAGAACAGAGCUCCCCACAACCACCCUCCACCUCCGCUCAUCCGGCCUGCAGUGACCACCACUUCCUCCUCCGGGAGUCUUAGGGGUUCUCCUCCCAGCUCCUCCUCGUCCUCCACUGCAGUUCAGAUGCCUCCAUCGCUGGUCGGGCUUAAAGUGGAGCAGCCCAACUCCCACUGAGACAUACAAGACAGCAGGAGAAGGAACACACACACUCACUCCACAAGCAUGCAUAAAAUCACACAAACACGAUACUUCUCUUCAGUCAACCUGGAACUCGUCACUCCUGGGACCAUCACAUGACUACAUCGUAGAUUGACACGCUCAGGUGCGCAGUGUGACAUCACUCGUCUUAAAAAUGUGUCUGGAAGAGUGCAAGGAUCCCAUUAGUGACGUGAAGGCCCUUUACUGUAAUGACAAACACCUACCUCCAGCAUACACACACACACACGCAGACAGACAGAGCUAGGAACUCCAAACACUACAUGCACACAACAGACACUGGAUCAUGAAGCCGUUGAAGAAAGCCACAACCACAGAGAGCAAACCCACCUGCAUGUCUCCAUGGCAACUCUUGAACAUCUGGAGGGCUGUGGAUAAACACACACACUCACUCUCUCUCUAUAUAUAUCUAUAUACUGUAGUUCCAUUGGGCAAGUCAUCCACACAACCAUCAGGAUAAAGAUGACUAGAUGAGGGAAAGAGGAAGAGUAGCUAGUCCACAGCUGAGCCAGACAUGCUCCUCCUAAGAGGGUGUCUACGUCACACAGUUUUCUUUCAAGUUUGGACUCUCAGAGGGGAGCAAAAGGUACCUCUGCAAAAUAAUCAGGCUUUGUGAACAAAGCUGAAUCUGUUUUUUGGUUUUUAAUUCAUUGUUGGCAAUUUUUUUUUUUUUAGUUGUGCUUUGGACAGAAAUCUUCCCUCAUAGCCAUUUAUUACUGUUAAUUGGAGUGGUGGUGUUUUAUUUUUUAUUUUUUUGUUGCUUUAACUAGAGUUAUAAAGAUGUGCGAGAGGUAGGCAGUUUGUUACUGUAAGUAGAUUAGAUGGUGUAUAUGUUAAUUAUUGAGCACAGAGUAAAAGAGCCUGUUAACCCACAUGCAAAUGAACCUGGUCUCAGAUUUCCAGAGCCGCUCAGUGUUCAAAUCCUGCUUUAAGUUACUUUGGAGGAAUAUUUCAAGUUCUCAAUCCCAAACUCGUUUUUUGGAUGUUCUGCAGUGCAGCUUUAAACAUCAGCCUCUGAUGUUUACAUAAUGGUGUUAAUAUUGAUGUGUCUGCAGUUAAAAAAAAAAAAAGUCCUGCCAAAGUUUUGUUGUUGCUUUAAAAGCAGAGUUAGCUGUUGAGCAUCACAGAGAAGUCUGACAUUUUACAUGGUUGGGUUGUUUCUUAAACAGGAAGUAUGAAAAACCGAAGGAAGAGUUUGACAUUUUUGGAAAUUUUCGUGCUCGCGUUCACGCGCGGCCUCGUUUACCACUUGAGUCACAUCUCUGCAAGAAAGCUCGCUUACCAAAAUGCCAAAAUCAUUCAUGUAAACAAAACGGUGCAAGUUGUGACUUUCAGUUAGAUCCAGUGUCUGAGUAAUUUACAAAAAUGACCACGUAAGGCAGCUUUCUCCACAGUAGCCUCAAGGCCUGUCCUGUUUUGGCACAGAGGUCAAAGGAGAUGUGGAAGAAAUCUGUGCUGCAGCAUCGGCCGCUUGAUUAAUUUAGCCAAUGAUCUGUCAGGAAGUGCUGUGGUUAGCACUUCCAAAAUAUGGAAGGUGUGGGACAACCUGAUGAACAAAUGUAGAUGACAGAACCAUAUUUGUCUGUGACACCUUUGUUGCUUAUUUCUGUUGCAGGUCUUAGACUGAUUGUGUCCAGCUGCCUUUUUAUGCAGCUCUGAGGUCAUGUCACGUUUCUUUAAACUGGCCAGUGCUGCCCUUAGUGUAGCCUCAAAUCACCUUUUGUUAGCAGAGGCCUCGAGUUUUCAGUUGAAUGCAGCACUGAGUAGAAAUGGAAGCUGUCCAUCACUACGUUUGGCUUUAAAAGAGGUUUGCCUUUUCAUUUGUUUUCUUACAUGUGUUUGUUCCAACAAAAAAACAAAACAAAAUUUGUGUGUACUGUAUUUUCCAAGUUGUUUACAUUGUGGAAACUUAAUUGUGUUUGAGGCAUUUUUCCUUUUGAAUAAACAAA